AUGCAACCGCCCGUGCGCGAACUAGGGCCCCUUUAUUUUAAGCCCGGCUUCUCAAGUCCAGCGAACUGGCCAGCCAUAAACGUUCUACGAUCUGUAGAAUUAGCAACAGGCACUAUGGAAGCGCCUGACAGUUCAGAAGACGAAAUCGAUGACGUGAUAGACUGGGAGUUUGACACGCCAAUUCCAAGCUGGUUACAAAAAGCGAUAAAGCAACAUAAAUCAUUGACUUCACAAACUGAUUCAUCUGAGAGAUUCAAAUUAGCAAAAGAACCAACAUGGUGGCGUAUUAUCGAUGCAUCAGAUCCAAAGAUUUCUCAAGACUUCCUUUCUGAAACGGAAUUUUUAGAGUUGAAUAACAAGAUUUCAUCCGCUCUUAAUAUUGGAAAUUCCGUGAAUGAUUGGACUGUGCUUAGACCUGAGGCCGAAAGGUGUCUUCAGUUUCUUAACAAGUUGGAUAACAAUAAACUUCGUAAAAUUGGAGAAUUAGUAAAACCAGAAGGAAUUCACGGAGCAAUUGUAGAACUCAUGAAAAUGGAAAUGGAGGCUGAGGAGUCAAAUUCAGAAACUGAUCUUUUUGAUGGUGAUGACCAUUCAUGUGGUAAGGCAUCAUCAACAGCAACCACUAUUGAGGAAAACGAUUACUUAGACAAAGAUUCACAGAAACACGAAUUAGAGAAAGAUUUACCAUGGGGUCGAGAAUUCUCUAUGUGCGAAUCAAAAGUUGAUGACGAUGCAAAGGAUAUUCUCAAGACCCAGAAAACACUUCGGGAUAUGCAUAAAAGCCUUGUGAAUGCAAUCAUGGCAGAGAGUGGCGGAUCACUUACAAAGCAUGUUUUGCGUGCUUACACAGAACUUCUCAUGCCUGGAUUUGUAUCAAAAUCUUUUUUUAUCCGCGCUAUUCUCAUUGUCUACGUGGGCGGUUCCUAA